AUGAAAUCCUUUGUGGUUAUCUGUGCCCUAGUGGCCCUCGCCUCCGCUGGUAAUGUCCGCGAGAAGCGCGGUUUCCUUGGCGGACUUGGCGGAUAUGGUGGCAGUUUUGGUGGUGGAUACGGCGGAUACAGUGGAUUGGGCGGAUACAGCAGCUACUCCGCCCCCUCUGUGGUCUCCGUUAACAAGGUCGUGAACGUCCCCAGAGUGGUCAGCGUACCUCAAGUGGUCCACGUCAACAAAGUGGUGGCCCAGCCCCAGGUCGUCACUGUUAAUAAGGUUGUCGGCGGUAUCGGCGGUUUCGGAGGCGGAUACGGUGGUGGAUACAGCGGCGGAUACGGCGGCGGAUACGGAGGCGGAUACGGAGGCGGAUACGGUGGCGGAUACGGCGGUGGUUAUGGAGGCAGCGGAUGGUGGUGA